UAAUAAAAAAAUAGUUUCACUUAAUUAAUUUAUUAGGGAGUGGAAAUGCACAGCAAUUCAAGGAUAAAGUUUUCUAGUUACAAGGCAGUGUCAUUGUUGUGGAUUUUGUUGAUCAUGGCAGGGUUAGUUGCACAAGUUCAAAGCAAUCCUUGCACAAGCACAUUCUUCUCUGCACUAGUGCAACUCAUUCCUUGUAGGGCAGCAGUUGCUCCUUUUAGCCCUAUUCCCCCAAAUGAUGCUUGUUGCAAUGCCCUAAAGGGACUAGGGCAGCCAUGUUUGUGUGUCCUUGUUAAUGGCCCUCCAAUUUCUGGGGUAGACCGUAACAUGGCCUCUCAGCUCCCAGAAAAGUGCACAGCUAACUUUGAUCCAUGUGAGAUCUCUCUCUCUCUCUCAAUGAACAAACACAAAAAAAAGGGCAUAAUAUCUAGGAAGAGCUCAAGAAGUAAAAGGAAUAAAUCUUCACCAAACAUACACUAA